CUACUCUUGAAAAGUUAAAAAACCCAUUCUAGUUAACAGGGAUCAAAUAUCAUCGCAAGCGGAAUCGUUUUAUUGAAGUGAGCCUUUUCUUUAGUUAAUCUUUUCGAUCCUGAGAGUCAUUUUGGAUAGCCAGCAAGCCAGAGAGCAGAGCCAGUGUAUUGUGAAACAGUGUGUUGUCGCGGAGCGUCAAUAGAGUGAGUGCCGUCUGGAAGAGCCCAGAGUAGUUAGCGUUAUUACGGAGCCGGACUACAGAGAAUUGUUGGAAUUAUUUACUGUUACUGGAAUCGUCAGCUGUAUGGAAGGCUAUCUUGAGAAAAGUUUUGUGGAUAACGAUAAGUUACAAGGAUCUUUGAAGAGAACUAGACGUUCUUGCUAUCCUGUCGUGUAACCAGCCACCAGACCUUGGUUAAGCAACAGUUACAAGAUUAAGAAUGCUUGGCACUCAGUCAGACUGCAUUGCAUGGCUUGUCGUGUAACCAGCCACCAGACCUUGGUUAACGAACAGUUACAAGAUUAAGAAUGCUUGGCACUCAGUCAGACUGCAUUGCAUGGCUUGUUGUAGGCACCAUUGGAUUACUACUCAUCACUGUCCUCAAUAUCAUCACAGUCAUUGUGUUUGUGAAGCAACGUCAGCUACAGCGGAGGGGCACUUACUUAGUCAUCCAUUUGGCGAUUGUUGACCUCUUGGUCGGAACAGUCUCUGGCCCUGUGAUUACUAGUCAAUUUUUUGAGCAUUACUGUGGCCUUUGGAAAGUUGACAUCAAGAUAUUUCCUGCAUUGGUUGAGUUUUUUCCCACGGCUUCAAUCGUGAACUUGGCUUUCAUUUCUUUAGAGAGGGCGCAUGCGACAUUUUUCCCUUUUAAGCAUCGUGAAACUAAGAAAUCAGUUUACGUGGUAUUAAUAGUCGCCAUUUGGUUUUUAACUUCGCCGAGAGAGAUUCUCCAAUAUGUGUUAGACCAAAAAGAUGGGAGUUCUAAUCCCACUAGAUCAUUCACAACAUUAAGCAUGGUGAUAUAUACGUUAGCAUCUCUGUUUGUCGUAUGUAUCUCUUACAUUGCAAUCUUUAUCAAAGUUCGAUUCUGUCCCAUUCCUCAACGACAUGGUGCAAAUAACAGAGAACGCAGACUCACCGCCACUUUACUAAUAGUGACGCUUGCAUCGCUUCUAACUUGGCUGCCGGCUGUAAUUUUCAGACUUGUUAGAUUUUGGGAUGACAGUGCCAUCCCUUCACGAUCGCUCUUUUUUAUUGAUAAAACACUUGCGACAUUAGUUGGCGUCAAUUCCAUGGUAAACCCAAUUGUGUAUGCUGUAAGAAUGCCAGAAUUUAGGGCGAGUCUUAAAAAAAUUUUUUGCAAGGCUCCGAGUAAUACUCGUCAAACUAGUUUCCCACUUCGAAACCGAUAGCAAAUUCUGCAGAAAAGACGCUUUCUCGUUUUAUUUUGGGAAAAUGGUCUGUUGCAAUUUUCUGCCUUUCCAUCUUUUAAAAGUAAAUUUGUCAGAAGUUCUUAAUUAAGGCAAAAUUCCACGACCCAACGAUGACCGUACACACAACAACCGCGGUUAACAACUAAUAUAAAGGUAAUCAGUGAUACAACCUUACUGGCUCGGAUUUGUUAACCGUUAGACUGUACUGUCCACACUAAACGGGUUAUCUCAUUUGUAUUGUGCUUAGUUGACAACUAAACUAAUUGUAUGGCGUUCAUUUGACAUUGAAAUAAAAAUGA